CUUUGACCGGAAUAAUAACCUUGAUGCGCAGUAUUGUGAUUUUGUGAUUUGUGGUGUUUUAGAAAAAAUUACAAAUGUACCGCACUAUUUUCCAUUUAGACCCUUUUUAACUGCAAAUUUAUUAGCCCAUGAUGGAAUCUCGGUCUGAAAAAAACGAAAAUCUCACGCGCGGUUGUUUGACUUUAAACGACAAAAUUUACCCCGUUUACGACGGACACAACACUGUGGGGCGCAAUCCGGACGCCGUUAUUAACAUAAAGAAUUUGAACGUCAGUAAACAUCAUGCCGUUAUUACCGUGGUCGAUCCGGAACUGCAUUACAUAAGUGAUUUUAAAUCGUCAAAUGGGACCGUGCUUGAUAACACCAGGCUGACACCCCUCCAAUUGUACAAAUUGAAAAAUGGGUCCUCGAUUAAGUUCGGUGAUGUUUUCUGCACGUACAAGACGCUUGAGGAGGAGAAACACAUUGCGAAAAAUAGUGACGAGUCGCAACAGUUCAGUGAGAAUUUUUACGGAUCGGCGACGCAAGAAGUCAAUUUAUCGAGUAUCCCUGGCGGGAUUAAUUUCAACGAGAUGCCUACACAAGUGUUUUCGGUGAAGGAAUUAAGUGUGAACGAAAUGCCUACGCAGGUUCACCAUUUUCCGGGUUUCAAUGAUGAAAGUAGCAACGAUUCAAUUGAUUUUGCGACGAUGCAAAAAGCAACGGAGUCGCAGAGUUUUAAGUGUGAUAAGAAUUCUAAUAGUUUGGUGGAUUCUGACGACGAAGCGGAAAAAUGUGAGAAGAAUCCGACGCAAACGUCGUCAAAUUCGUCGCAGAUUCGACCGGUGAGUAUCAAUUCGAAGAAAGUUGUUGAUUCAGAGACAGAUGAUGAAGUGCCUUCACAAAUUUGCCCUGUAAAGACAGGCGGAAAAAAUCUGAUUGACUCAGAUUCAGAAGAUACAGAAGAAUAUGUGAAUACUACGGAUCAGAAAUCCAAAUAUCACAUCAGUGAUGACUCAGAAACUGAUAUUGAAGGAGAUGAUAUUAAGAAAGAUGAUUUGAAUGAAAAAGUUGUGGUUCCAGAGUCAGAAGGUGAAGAGUUAGAAGAAAACUCAAUGGCGAGCUUCAAAUUGAGCCUUAAUGCAUCUGAGAAUUGUGCAAGUGAAGACAGUUUGAAGAAGAAUAAAGUUAGCAAGAAAGUGCUACCACAGGACCACCAUUACUGCCAGGCGUUGUCUCAGACUCAAAAUGAAGAACUCGCCACAAUAGAAAAUGUACCUAAAACUGCAGAAGAAAGUUUACAAAGUAACGAAGAAACAAAUGUUGCGGUUUCUGAAGUCGCAACGGAACUUGAUCAAAAAAAUGAAGAACAAGAAGAAACAAAAAAAGAAAGUGGAGCACUUGAAUCUGAUAAAAAACUAGAAGCUGCUGCUGCUCUGUCAGACAAUGACAGCGAAACGACUUCUAGUCUUCCGCUACCAAAAGAUGACGAAAGAAAUGAAGAUGUUUUUAAUCAACCGACGCAACAGUUCAAUUUUGACUUUAUAAAUGACCCGAAAGUGUGCGAUCGUGAUCAAAACGAAGAUCUGGAGAAAAAAGAUGAAGAUGCAGAGGAAAUAAGCAAUCUUCAAUCAGACGAAAUACUAAAUCAGUCUGCGCCGACUGAAGACACCAAAGACCAGAAAGUCGACGAAGGAACGAAAAUCGAAGAUCUUGACAAAAAAGAAGACGAGAUUUUCUUACAACCUACUCAAACUUUGGAUUACUUUGGAAGCUUUAAACCUGCAAAUGCCAGACAAUUGGAUUCAAAGCAAACUUCGUCCAAAGACGAAGACGACGUAUUUUUACAGUCUACUCAAAUUCUUCUGAGUUCAGAUUCAGUAACACCAAGCAAUAUUAAAGACAAAGAAGACGAUAUAUUUUUACAUCCAACUCAAGCUCUAGAAGAUCUACACGGAGAUGAUGUUCUUUCAGCGUCAGUAGAAGGUUCAUCCAAUAACAAGAAUGAAUCUUUGGAAACCACGCAAACACUAGAAUCGUUGCUGGAUGACGAUAUCAUCAAAAACGCUGACUUGACAUCUACAUCUUCACUUCUCCCACUAGACAAAGACGACGAAGAUAUUCUAUUACCACCCACGCAAGCACUGGAACUUCUACACGGCGAAGAUAAAAUCACGGAACUGGAGAAAUCUCUAUCUUCCAAAAACGAAGAAGCAGAUGACUUAUUUUUACCACCUACUCAAGCUCUAGAAAAUCUUCUAAGUGACUCAGGACCGUCUAGUAAAGACGAUGACAUUUUCUUGGCACCGAAUCCGUUCAAAAGUCCGUCACCUUUGAAAAAAUCGGACCCCAAACCUAGGGAAGAUGACGACAGUUCUAUGCUUCAGCCAACUCAAGCCAUGGAAAUGCUUCAUGAAGACGGAACCCACUUUAAUAAGGUUGAAGAUCAGCUGCACGAGAUCUUCGCUAGCCAGAGUUUGUUGUGUACGCAGCAACUCGUAGACGUUUUAAAUACGUCCCGCGAAAGUGACAUAAUUGACGAUAGUAUAAUACAAGAAGAAACCCGCAGAAGUUUGGGUUUGCGUAAGUCGGCACCACUUAGUGAAGAAACUGUCAAGGAGAUUCUAGCAGGGGAUGAUGACAAUGAAGAUGAGGAAAUCUUCACUGUGAAUAGAAGUAGUAGUAAAGUGAAGACUUAUUCUACUAAAAAUGAAGAAAAGCGUGCAGAGGAAAAGAAAGACGAAGAGGAAGAACAAAGUUCUGAUGUGGAAAAACCGACUGACGAUGGUGAAAAUAAAUCAGAUGGAGGUGCGACAAGCAGUAGAAGAGGAAGAAGGAAACAAGAUCUUGAAGUUCGAGAAGUAGCCAAAGAAGAAACUAUAAACGCAAGCAAAACACCUGUCAACAAAGGAAGAAAGUUGAAGAAAAAUUUGGUCGCUCUUGACGAUGACGAUGAAGAUAAAGAGGAAAAUCACCAAAAAGAGAAAAAACAAGCUAAAGAAAAAUCAACCGAAGAUCGAGAAUCAAGUGUUGAGAGUAAUACAAGUGAAAUAAGAGCAACAAGAGGCAGAAACAGACGACAAAAAAAUAACGAUGGUUCUGUUAGUAGUAAAGAUGAUGAUAGUGUAAAGGCAAAAGAAUCAACAGUUGAAGUUAAAAAAACAAAAUCUCAAGAAAACACUCAACGCAAUAGAAAAGGAGCAAAGUCAACAAAAAGUACCACAUCUGAAGACCGAGAAUCGAGCGUGGAAAGCAGUAAAACUGACUCCCAAAACAGUACCAAUAGUGUGAAGAGUAGACGAGGGAAGAAGAAACAAGUCGACGAAAACGAAAAGGAUUCUGAAGAAACGCAAAACCAAAGAAGAGGAAGAUCAAAAAGUCAGAGUAUUACUGACGAUUCAGAAAGCGUCAAGACUAAUAAAACAAGCAAUAGUAAUAAAAAGGACCAAGACGCAGAAGUUGGUCGAAAAGAAGAUAACAAGUCAACAGAUUCGGACAAUAAAGAGAACAGAAGAGGUAGAUCAAAACGGACUGCGACUGUCGAUACAAGAGAAUCGAGCGUCGAAAGUAGCAAAAACAGUUCGCAAACCAGCGAUGGUGCGAACACUAGAAGAGGAAAAAGAAAGCAAAAAAGUGUGGAAGACAAAGAACCAAAUAAGAAAGAAGAAGAGAAAAGUGUUGAAACUCCGGGAAGACGAAAACCCAAACAAAGUGAAACUAAAAACCAAGAAUCUAGCAAUGACAGUACUAAAGACAAUUCCCAAAGCAGUGGCAACGAGGCAAACAGCAGACGAACCAGAAGACAACAGAAAAACGACGGAAGCGAAGACAAAGAAUCUCAAAGCAGCGUAGACGACAAAUCGAAGCCAGGUGUGAUCAAAAACCGAAGAUCAAGUCCCCAAAGUAGCCAAGAUUCGCAAAACAGUGACACAAAUAAACGAGGAACAAGAAAACAAAAACUAGAUGAAGAAAAAACGAAAAAAGAAGCAACUGAAAGUCACAAAAGAACAACGCGCCGACAACAAACGCAACCCGAACCUGACGAUCAUUCAAACACUGAAUCCAAGGAAGAAGAAACGAAAACACGAGGCAGAAAAAAAGAAGCCAAAAGUAGAGAACAAACGCCCGAACCGUCGACAACCAAGACCAAAAAAGGGAACAAGCGCAAACAGGAAGGGGACGAACCUCCGGAAACUCCAAGCAAAAAGAAACCUGAAGAUACAGGUAGCAAAAAAACGCCGCCGAGCCAUCCCGGAACACCCAGAAAACGUGGUUUGAAGUUCCCAAGUUACGACUCCGAGGACGAUUUUGUCGCCAAAGUUCCAAAAAUCGAAACUCCUGUUAAACCGACGAGACAAUCAGCGCGGAAAAAAGUCGGCGAUGGCGCGAGUAGCGACGAAGUCAUCACUGUGAGUUCCACGAGUAGCGAGAAGAGUGUGAUUACUAUUUCGUCAACGCCGUCGGUCGCUUCUGCGACUAAACCCAGACGGUUGAGCGCGAAUAGUAGACGACAGAAGAGAGAAGAGGAAGAAAAGGGGGAUAAGAAGACGAGGAAGGGGUCGAUUGCGACACCAGUACUUGCAACGCCCGAGAGAAGCAGAAGGGCGUUGAAACCCAAAGUGGUUUUCACCAUGAUGGAUAAUCCAGAGUUGGAGUCUUUGAUUAGGACUCUCGGUGGCAGCGUGGUGGACACCGUUGACGCUUGCACCGUGCUGGUCACGGAAAGCAUCAAGAGGUCCCAAAAGCUUCUUUGUGCUGUGGCUCAAGGUAAACCCAUCUGUUCACCACAGUGGUUAUACGCGUGCAAGAAAGCUUUCGCUUUUGUGGACCCAUGGGACCACAUUCUGGUUGACAAGGAAGCGGAAAAGAAAUGGAAAUUUUCGUUGAAGGAGUCGUUGAAGAGAAGCAGCGACGCUAAAUUGCUACAAAACUACACCUUCCAGGUUAUUGUUAAUAACGGCGCAGAUGUUAUAAAAGGAGCGAUAGAGUCGUGUGGUGGCAGCUACGUUACCAAAAAUUUGGCCAAGUGUACAACUGAACAUCUGGUUAUUGUUUCUUCUGAAAACAACAAGGGCAAAUACAGCAAAAUCGUCAAGCAGAAUAAGAAAAUUCAAGUUGUGGAAGCGGAAGCCAUAUUUGAUGGAACUCUAAGGCAGGAGUUCAAGUUCAACGAUUUUUUGUUGACAUGAUGUGUUUUUGAAUGUACAAGUUUUGUAAAUUUAUUUUUUAUAAUAAAAAGGUAUCUAUUUAA